GCCAGUGCAUCUCUCUUACUUUCCCUCUGUAUAUUACAGUUUUUGUUUGGAUCCGAUUCUGUUCACACUGAGUCUUGGAUAAAAAUGAUGAUGAGGAUGAUGAUGAAAAUAUCACUGUGGCUUCUGCUGCUUGGCCUUGCUUGGAGCUCUGCUGAUGCUGGACCAGGCACCUGUCUGGGUCGUUGUGGUGAGAUUUUCACCAGGGGCCAGAAAUGUACCUGUGACUUUAGCUGCCUGCAACAUAAUGAGUGCUGCAGAGACUUUGAGGCUACUUGCACCAACGCUCAGUCCUGUCAGGGUCGCUGCAGCGAGCCAUUCAGACGUGGUCGGCUGUGUGAGUGUGGUCCUCAGUGCAUCCGCCACAAAACCUGUUGCCGUGACUAUCAGCAACACUGCGAUGCCAGUGUGUCAGUCUCACACCCCAGGACCUCGCAGCCUCCGAAGGCCGCUGUUUCAGGUAAUCGAAAAUUGGAGAGGAGCAAGAACAAGUCCAACAGUGAGAGCGAGGAACAGUACACAGGGGAUUUAGGACUCCUGAACCCACCGACUGCCAGCUCCUCUGGGCCUGCCACUCCUGCUUUACCAACCAAUCAACUACAUUAUGGUUUGAGUAACAUCUCUGCUGGCCUGCCGCCAUUGUCCAUCCCUUCCUCUAAUGGUGGAAUUCCAGACUCCAUAGCGCCUAUAAGUGCUCUGCCCAGGUACAGUGUUCUGUCUCAGGGCAGCAGGGCUCCUGUGAGCCCCUCUGGUCCUGAAGCCGUUGGUGGUAAAGUGAAAGGCAGCCUGGAGCUUUCACCUGGGGGAGUGGCUCCAUAUGGAUCCAGUCAAGGUCUGGCAGGUUCAAGGACCAGACUCAGCACCCUGCAGGACGUAUCCACAGCCUUGGAACUCCUUGUGGUGGACGCAGGCUCUGAGGGGCCAGGGGCAGGACUGUUUGCUGAUGUCGACUUAUGCAGUGAUUCUCCCAUCAAUGGACUGACAGCUCUAAGCAAUGGGACCAUCCUGAUAUUUAAAGGUGAGCUGUUCUGGUCAGUAGACCCUGUCAGUCGCUUAGCUGGUCAUCCACAGAGCAUCACAGACACUCUGGGUGUUGCCGCUCCCAUUGAUACUGUCUUCACACGCUGCAACUGCCACAGAAACACCUACAUUACUAAGGGAGACCAGUACUGGCGUUUGGAUGGGAACAUGGUUGUGGAGCCAGGCUUUCCCAAGCCUCUGGCUGCUGAAUUCCCAGGUCUGACAGGACCCAUCAGUGCUGCAUUGGCAGCACCAGCCACCAGGAGCAGAGCAGAGACUGUAUACUUCUUUAAGAACGGAGACAUCAUGCAGAGCUUCACCUUCCCAGCAGGCAGCACUCCGUCAUGCAGCACAAAACCCAGGAGCCCCUUCAAGAAACGCUUGACUACGCAGGAUGCUCGUCUAAGUGGAGAGAUCAACAUCAAAGUGUCUCUGAAGGACUUCCCCACCCCAGUCACCUCUGCUCUGUCCAUGCCCAGCCCCCAGAGGAGUGACAGAUACCACCACUAUGUCUUCUCUGGACCUGUCUUCUUCAGUGUCAGGACUUUAGGGGACCUACCGGCGCUGGCCAGACCUGACUCAUCUGCGGCCCUCGCACCCCUACCCAUCCUUAGUCCUGCUGCCAUAGCAACAGACUCUGCCAAGCCGGCCGCCCAGAAUGCUAACCCUACCUACCCAGCCCUCUCCAUCAGAGUUUGGCUGCACUGUCCCUAGAAACAUCCUAAAGAGGCGAUAACUGCCACGCUCUCGUGUUUUCUGAUUCAGCACAACAAAUUCUAGCUAGUAAAUAUGACCACUGAAUUAAAGGUAGUAUUUUUACUAUUUUUUCUAAUACAUUUGUAAUUCCCAAAAGCAUAUUUUUCAUAAAAAAAUGCCAUCUCAAAUCAUAACUGUCUAACCCUCCCCCCUUUUACAAACCUUAAAUCAACUGUUAAAGACACACACACACACACACACAC